UUCAGUGUGUUUAUUUAACAACCACUAUAUUAAAAUACCCGGAUGUUCCGAUGACCUUCUCCUGCAGAGAGAAAGAAAGAGAGAGAGAGAACGGCAGAAGAAGAAAAGAGUAUGAGAAGCAGAGCAAACAACAACUGCAAUACAAAAAGAGUUAGGGGGUGAAGAUAAAAGUCGAAUAUUGAGAAUUCAGUUGCACUGAAGAGGGAAGUUUAAGUUUUGAAGAUGGCAGUUGGCAAGCCCCUUAAAUCUGAAAUUGAGUUAAAGCACCGUCCUUUAACCCCUUUCCGGAUUUUGAGGGGUUUAGUAUGCUUGAUGGUCCUACUUUCAACUGCUUUUAUGUUCUUAGUAAUCUUUGCACCUUUGGCAGCAGUUUUGUUACGGGCUUGCAGUAUCCAUUACAGCAGGAAAGCUGCAUCCCUUCUCUUUGGUCUUUGGUUGGCGUUAUGGCCUUUUCUAUUUGAAAAGAUAAACAAAACAAAACUAUUUUUCUAUGGAGAACAUGUUCCUUCUGGGGAGCGUGUUUUGCUCAUUGCCAACCACAGAACCGAGGUUGAUUGGAUGUAUUUGUGGGAUCUUGCAUUGAGGAAAGGACGUCUUGGCUACAUCAAAUAUAUCCUUAAAAACAGUUUAAUGAAACUUCCAAUUUUUGGUUGGGGAUUUCACAUUUUUGAGUUCAUCCCGUUAGAGAGGAAGUGGGAGAAUGAUGAACCGAUCAUGCACCAAAUGCUACUGACAUUAACCAAUCGCCAAGAUCCCUUGUGGCUCGCUCUUUUCCCUGAAGGAACCGAUUUUACAGAACAGAAAUGUAGGAGUAGUCAGAACUUUGCUGCUGAAAAUGGUCUCCCUAUGCUGAAUAAUGUUUUGCUACCAAAAACAAAAGGUUUCUAUGCUUGUUUAGACACUCUCAGGAGUUCCUUAGAUGCAGUUUAUGAUGUGACUAUUGCAUACAAGAACAGUUGUCCAGAUUUGAUGGACAAUGUAUAUGGAGUAGAUCCGUCAGAGGUCCAUAUUGAUAUCCGGCGUAUUCCGUUGAAGCAAAUUCCGGUGGCAGAAGAAGAGGCAUCUGCUUGGUUGAUAGACGCAUUCCAGCGCAAGGAUAAGCUGCUUACAUAUUUUAACACCAAAGGACAUUUCCCAAAUCAGAGAAGUGAAGCAGAACUGUCAACUGUUAAGUGCUUGAUAAAUUGUACUUUGGUAAUUGCAUUGACUGGCAUUUUUACAUAUGUUGCCUUCGUUUCCAUGUGGAUGAGAGUUUACAUAGCCUUAAGUUGUGUAUAUCUUGCUUCUGCUACUUAUUUUAACUUUCGACCAUUGCCGUUAUUGGACUUUGUAAAGUCACGUCUUUGUAGAGACAAACGCAAAAAAUGAAGGAAAUAUAUUCAAAGGAAAUCAAAAAUUUGAGUUUGUAGAUAAUUUUCUAGAAAGCACAUACAAACACAUGUAAUUUGUAGAUGCCCCCUUUCCUUCUCAGGUUUCUGCUUGUGGAUGUAAAAUGAACUUUUGUGACAUCUCAGAUUGAAUGUUAACAAACAUCCAAUACAAAAAUUUUAACAUGUAAUGGCUUGUGUUGUUCCAA